AUGGCCACCAGAACGGCUCGUACCUUCCCCGUCAACAGGCCUCUCCUUACUGGAAGGGCUUUGUCCUCAAUAUUCGCUCCCCGCAUGCCCCGCAUGCUACGGGCUUACCACAUACAGCCACAGCAUCAAACCACCAGCCUCGAACAAGCGCGUGCAACUCAGACAAGGCUGCGUCAGGAGAUGAUAGCUCAAGAUGCAAGGAUACAAGAACGACUCCGUGCCCUACACACAAACGGUGUCCAAGCUCCCGUCUCUGAAACCCAAGAGCUACUCCUGGAACACUUUCGGAACGCAACAAAGAAUCUUCAUGAUCAUCUCGAGGCCUCGGACGCACUUCUUCAAAAUCAUGUUCAUGUCUCAGAAGAUCGGGUUCAGAAGCGUAUUCAGGUUGCGGAAGAUCACAUUCAGAAGCAUGCUCAGGCCAAGGAAGAUCGCCUUCAGGAGCGUCUUCAGGCCGCAAGCGACUCGCUUCAGGAGCGUCUUCAGGAGCAUCUUCAGGAGCAUCUUCAAGCCGCAAGUGAUUCGCUUCUGGAGCGUCUUCAGGCUAUGGAUACUGGAAGGUUCGCGGACGGAGAACGCUGGCAGCUCAUUGUCCAGCAUCUCGAUCAAGAGCGAAGAAGAGCCAAGGCACUUGAGGCUAUGCCCUGGUACCAGAGGGCAUGGGCCAGUCUCGAUGCCAAGUAG